AUGACUGGACAAGAUGCAAAAAUAGGGUAUAUACUUGAAGUUGAUCUAAAAGCCCCAGUGCACUUGCAUGAUUACUUUGCAGAUUAUUUCUUAGCACCAGAAAAGCAGAUAGUACCAGAAAACUGGCUUAGUCUAUACAAUGAAAUUUUACUACCAAGCUCUCCAGACAUAUAUGAAGUUCAGAAUGAAGGUUACAAAAGUUCAUAG